AUGGUAUCAGCUGGUGAGAAUGGUAGAAAGUAUGUUUCAACGUUGGAUCCAUCAGUAAAAGUACAAGGUACAAACGAUUUAUUGUCAACUCCUAAGGCAAAUCAUCAGCGCUCAGACUCAUCAUAUUCAAACAAUUAUUCACUUCUAGAUAUUUAUGAAAUGGAAUCUCCACAUAUCGGAUCGCCAGAAGUUAAAGAUGACGGAUUCAUAGAUAGAACCAUGGUUAAUUCAAAUGGGGAUGAAACGAUGGAAUCAGUAAAUGACGAUACGAUUGAGAUACAGGACGACGAUAUUGGAUGCCGUGAAAGCUACGUGAAGCCAACUAUAAACGCUAAUGUAGAGGAUCUUUUGCAUUCACAAUUUGAUAGAUACGGAUUUAAGAAGGCGUCGACGCAUCACAAUAUAACCAAAGAGGCAUAUGAUCAGUGGUUUAGAGAUUACUCGCAAUACACCCUUAAAAGAAAGAAAAAAUGGCAUUUUUUGAUGAAAAGCAACGGGUUGGGACUCGACUCAGAUGAAGCAUGCCCCACUCGUUUUCCACCAAAGUCUGAUAAGGUUAAAAAAAUGGUUCGAAAAGGUAUACCUGCGGAAUGGAGAGGUAAUGCGUGGUUCUUUUAUGCUGGUGGACAUGAAAGGCUUAAUAAGCAUAUAGGAGUCUAUGAACAAAUAGUACGCGAUACGAAAGAUAUACAUAACAAAGACAUUGAAGUUGUUGAACGUGAUUUAAAUAGGACAUUUCCUGACAACAUCUAUUUUAACGACGUGAUACGGAAUCGCCCUUCUAGCACGUCUGUCAAUAACACCUCUACCGAAACACAUAUGAUAAAAUCGUUACGUCGAGUUCUUGUGGCAUUUGCACAUUACCAGCCGCAAAUUGGAUACUGCCAAUCUCUCAACUUUUUGGCUGGGUUAUUGUUACUUUUCAUGGAAGAAGAACGGGCAUUCUGGCUAUUGGUUAUCUUGACCGAACGGAUUAUUCCAAAGGUGCACUCAGCGAACUUAGAAGGUGUACAUACUGAUCAGGGUGUUUUGAUGCUUUGCAUAAAAGAGUAUAUUCCGCAAUUGUGGUCCAUAUUGGGAAAGAAUUUUGAAGGUGAGACAUUAUCAGAAGAUAAAAUAUUGUCCAGAUUACCGCCUGUGACAUUGGUGACUUCCUCAUGGUUCAUGUCAGUUUUUGUUGGCAUACUACCAAUAGAGUCGACCUUGCGUGUAUGGGAUAUUUUGUGGUACGAGGGGUCCAAAACCAUAUUCAGAAUGUCAUUGACUAUUUGUAAGAUGUGUUUGGAUAAUCCUCACUUUCAGAACACCAAGAUAGAAGGAGGCGGUGGUUCUGAGAUGGAACAAAUAGAAUUGUUUCAAUUUAUGCAAAACUUUCCAAAAACCAUCCUUGACUCAAAUAUACUUAUAGAUAAUUGUUUCAAGAAAAUUGGUGGGUAUGGAUUUGGCUCAUUAUCUCAGGACGAGAUUAACAAAUGUAGGGAAUUUGUUUCCAAGCAGAGAGCAAAAUUAAAUAGUAAGAAGAGCAGUGUUACGGCAGAGAUGAGCGAAGAAGAAAGGAAAGUAUUAAUUUCCACAGGUACUCCGUUUGACUACGGUGAUAAUGAUAUUCACGAUGUUUAUGGAUUUAAUAGAUCAAUUAUGAGCGGUGUUACUUGGAAUAAGAAUAUUAGUAACAAAAUGAAGAAAAAAUUUAGCAGAAAAUCUAAAUAG